AUGCCCAAGGACAAGAACACCUUCAACCUCAAGACCCCCAAGGGCACCAAGGACUGGGCCGGGUCCGACGCCCUCCUGCGGGACCGCAUCUUCACCACCAUCGCCGACGUCUUCAAGCGCCACGGCGGCACCGCCCUCGACACCCCCGUCUUCGAGCUGCGCGAGAUCCUAGCCGGCAAGUAUGGCGAGGACUCGAAGCUCAUCUACGACCUGCAGGACCAGGGCGGCGAGAUCUGCUCCCUCCGCUACGACCUGACGGUCCCGUUUGCGCGCUGGCUCGCCAUGAAUACGGAUGUCCGCAACAUCAAACGCUACCACAUCGCUAAGGUGUACCGCCGGGAUCAGCCCGCCGUCAGCAAAGGCCGCAUGCGUGAGUUCUAUCAGUGCGACUUUGACAUUGCCGGUGCCUUUGACCCCAUGGUGCCCGAUGCCGAGAUCCUGCGCAUUGUGAGCGAGGUUUUCGAGGAGCUGGGUUGGAAGGGCCGAUAUACCAUCAAGCUCAACCACCGCAAGAUUCUUGACGGAGUGUUUGCCGUCUGCGGUGUGCCGGAGAAACUGCUCCGGCCGAUCUCGAGUGCGGUUGAUAAGUUGGACAAGAUGCCGUGGGCCGACGUGCGCAAGGAAAUGGUGGUCGACAAGGGUUUGGACGGUGAGGUGGCGGACCGCAUCGAAAAGUACGUCAUGCACAAGGGUGGUCGCGAGCUGCUUAACUCGCUCCUUAAGGACGAGGCUCUUCUCGCCAAUGAGUCUGCCAAGGCGGGUCUGGAGGAGAUGGCUCUGAUGAUGGAUUAUCUGGAUGCUUUCGGCGUGCUAGACAAGAUCUCCUUCGACAUGUCUCUAGCCCGCGGUUUGGAUUAUUAUACCGGUGUCAUCUACGAGGUUGUCACGGAGGGCUCUGCUCCCGCCGUGCAGUCGAAUGCCCCUGAGGAGGCAAAGAAACUGCAACAGUCCGGCAAGAAGGACAAGGCCAAGAACCUCGAGGACGACGACCGGUCCAAUGACCCCACUCUGGGCGUGGGUAGCAUCGCCGCCGGUGGGCGGUACGAUAACCUGGUCGGCAUGUUCUUGCCCAAGGCCCAGAUCCCCUGCGUCGGUAUCUCGUUCGGUGUCGACCGGAUCUUCUCCAUCACCAAGGCCCGUCUGGAGCGCGAGCAGAGCACCCAGGGUCUCCGCAAGAGCGAGGUGGAUGUCUUCGUCAUGGCCUUUGGCGGCAAGGGCUUCACCGGCAUGCUGAAGGAGCGCAUGGAUAUCUGCAAGCAACUGUGGGACGCGGGUAUCAGGGCCGAAUUCUCCUACAAGUUGAAGCCAAGACCGCAGCAACAAUUCAAGACCGUCGAGGAUGGCGACAUCCCCUUCGGAAUUAUCCUGGGCGAGGACGAGCUGGCCGCUGGCAAGAUCCGCAUCAAGGAGAUGGGCCUGCAGAAAGGCCACCCUGAGAAGGAAGGCGUGGAAGUCCCGCUCGGCUCGCUCAUUCCCGAGCUGCAAGCCCGUCUCGCGCGGAAACAGUCCGGCGCUGUCUCGGAUCUGACGCAGCAGGUGCAGGAUAUGCAGGUUGGCGAGACGCCGAAGACCGAAGACGCGGGCGUUUGA